AUGGCUCGGAUAAGACUAUCAGAAUCACAGCAAGAGAUGAAAUAUUCAUCAGAAGCUAUCUUUCGAUCAGCUCCAAUGACGUUAGUUCAAUUUUACGUAACCAUUGAACUAGCAAGAGAUAUGGUUGGAGUGCUAGGUAAUUUGGGGUCUGUACAAUUUCGAGAUUUAAAUUCAAAGUUGACUCCAUUUCAAAGAACAUUUGUUAACGAUUUAAAAUCUAUUGAUUUAAUGUUAAAUCAAUUAAAUUUCCUUCAUUCAAUUAUGAUCAAACAAAAUACUAUAAGUGGUGAUAUAUAUAUCAAUCUAAGAGCUGAUACUAAGUCGUUACCAACAACUUCCGAAAUGGAUCAGUUCAAAUUCAAGUUAAAGGAUUACUUUGACAGAAUCAAGCAUUUAGAUGAUUCUUUUAAUAAAUUGAAUUUUCAAAAAUUAAAACUCAUUGAAAAUAGAAAUGUUAUAAAUAUAUUGAACAAAUUCCAUAACUCAAGUUUAAUAGAUAAAUCGGAAGACAGUACUCGAGAUAUACAUUUUAAUGAAGAUGACGAACUUGAUGAUAAUAUUGCACUUUUGAAUGAACAAAGGAAUAAUAGUCUAGAAUUAGGUCUAGAGGUACAUAAUUUAGACGACUCAAAUUUUAAUACAAUUGCAGGUACAAUUGCCAGAGAUAAAGUCCCAAUUUUGAGGAAUAUAUUAUGGAGAACUUUAAGAGGUAAUUUAUAUUUUCAUGAUAUACCAAUAGAUGAACAGUUUCCCCAAAAUGAUAACUCAAAGGACUUAAUAUAUAAAAACGCGUUCAUAAUUUUUAUUCAUGGGGAUAUGUUGAGAUCUAGAGUGAGAAAGAUUAUUCAAUCAUUGGAUGGAAUAAUCUUCGAUAAUGCGUGUGGUUCUUCUCAGGCUAGAGAGGCAACCUUGGAAGAAGUUAAUAGAAAAGUACAAGACUUGACCAACGUUGUCACAAGUACUAAGGAGCAAUUAGUCACGGAAUUAAAAGUUUUUCAAGAGAUCUAUCCAGAUUAUGCAUAUAUCAUUCAACGAGAGAAAUUAAUUUAUGAAACAUUAAACAAAUUUGAUGAAGAUAGUACAAGAAGAUGUUUGGUUGGUGAAGGUUGGAUUCCAUCAAUUGAUUUUGACAAAAUAAGAGGAGCAUUAAAAAAUUUAAUAAAACAAAAGACCAGACGAAAUAGACAAAGAGAUUCUUCUGAAGAAAUUAAUAUUUCAGAAACUCUGAUAACUGAAAAUAACAUGUUUAUAAUUGAUGAUGGAGAUGGACAUGAAAUAUCUGGAUUUGAAAUUGACGAGAAUAAUGAAGAAAUUGGUUCUUUGAUUGCAGUUGUUAAUGAACUUUCAACAAAUAGAACUCCUCCCACUUAUCACAAAACAAAUAAAUUUACAGCUGCUUUUCAACUGAUCAUUGAUGCAUAUGGAAUAGCAUCUUAUCAAGAAGUCAACCCAGGUCUAGCAACUAUUAUUACUUUCCCGUUUAUGUUUGCUAUUAUGUUUGGAGAUUUAGGACAUGGAUUUAUUGUUUUAUUAAUGGCAUUGUACCUAAUUAAAAAUGAAAUACUGUUUGGAGCCAUGAGAAAUAAAGAUGAAAUAUUUGAAAUGGCUUUUAAUGGUAGAUAUAUCAUAUUAUUGAUGGGAUUUUUUUCAAUGUAUACUGGUUUUAUAUAUAAUGAUAUUUUUUCAAAAUCAAUGGCAUUUUUCAGUUCAGGUUGGGAAUAUAAAUUUCCAGAAAAUUAUGACCCAAAAGUUGGUGGAACUUUAACCGCUACAAAAAUACCUGGAAAAACUUAUCCAUUUGGUUUAGAUUGGGCUUGGCAUGGGACUGAAAAUAAUUUAUUAUUUACAAAUUCUUAUAAAAUGAAAUUAUCAGUUCUUAUGGGUUAUAUUCAUAUGAAUUAUUCAUUAAUGUUUAGUUUGGUAAACUGUUUAUUUUUCCAUAGAAAAGUUGAUAUAAUUGGUAAUUUUAUUCCAGGAUUUCUUUUCAUGCAAAGUAUAUUUGGUUACUUGGCUUUAACAAUUGUUUACAAAUGGACAGUAGAUUGGUUGGGUAUAGGAAAGCAACCACCAGGUUUAUUAAAUAUGUUAAUUAAUAUGUUUUUAUCCCCGGGAACAAUCGAAGAACAAUUAUAUCCAGGUCAAAAAUUUGUACAAGUAGUGUUAGUCUUGAUUGCAUUAAUUUGUGUUCCAUGGUUAUUAGUUUAUAAGCCAUUAACGUUGAAAAGACAAAAUGAUAAAGCUAUAAAAUUGGGUUAUUCGGAUAUACAUUCUCAAAGACAUCAUUCAAUUAUAUUACAUGAAGAAGAAGAAGCACUAAACUUAGAACAUGAAUUAAACAAUGAUCCAGUAGAUGAUUCCUUUGAUGAAUUAGAUGAUGAAGAAUUCAGAUUCCCUAAUGAUAUUGAACCAAUGUUUCAUUCAGCAGGUGCUCAUGGAGAUGAUCAUGGAGAAUUCAAUUUUGGAGAUAUUGUUAUACAUCAAGUUAUCCAUACUAUUGAAUUUUGUUUGAAUUGUGUAAGUCAUACAGCAUCAUAUUUAAGAUUGUGGGCUCUUUCUUUAGCUCAUGCUCAAUUAUCGACUGUUUUAUGGUCAAUGACAAUUCAAAAUGCAUUUGGAAAAACUGGAGCUGUGGGAGUUAUUACAACGGUUGUAUUAUUUGCAAUGUGGUUUCUGUUGACUGUUUGUAUUUUAGUUUUAAUGGAAGGAACAUCGGCAAUGUUACAUUCUUUAAGAUUGCAUUGGGUUGAAGCAAUGUCUAAAUUUUUUGAAGGUGAAGGAUAUGCUUAUGAACCAUUUACAUUUAAGUCUAUAGAGUUAUGA